UCUUUCAAAUGGAGGUGUCCCUCUCCCUGUUUUGUCACCAAGGCCCCCCCCACAUGGAGAGGUUACAGUACAGUAAUGUGACCCCCUUUUGUGUGGACUUUGAGUGGAGCGGUGAAGGUGAUGUGUGGAAUAUAAGACAACCAGAAAAAAAAAAAAAAAAAACAUGGCACAGGCUCCUCAGAGGCAUGAGAAGCUUAGCUGGACCAGGGAAGAGUUGAGUUGCCUCCUUGUCGGUGAUGGAGCCGUGGGGAAGACCAGCAUGAUCAUCAGCUACAUCUUCAAUGGAUACAAUAGCGAGUACAGGAAAACUGCUUUUGACGUGUUUACUGGAUUGGUUCAUGUGAAUGGAGUCCAAACACGGUUAAAAUUGAUCGAUACAGCUGGACAGGAGGAGUUUGGACAUCUUCGCUCUCUGUGCUAUGCCCAAGUGGACGUCUUCAUACUGUGCUUCAGUCUCGUCAAUCCCGUUUCAUUUGACAACAUCAAUUCCAAAUGGAUACCGCAGAUCCGUGCAAGGAACCCGACUUCGCCUAUCAUUCUAGUGGGAACCCAGUCCGAUCUUCUCCACAACGUGGACGUUCUCAUUCACCUGGACGAGCGUUGUUCCAAACCGGUGGGGUCGCACCAGGCCAAGAGGCUGGCACGACGAAUCCGAGCUUAUAAUUACAUUGAGUGUUCGGCUCUGACACAACAUCACCUCAAAGAGGUCUUUGACUGCGCUAUUUUUGCCGCCAUGAAGCAGAAGCACAAUUGCGCAAAAAGUAAAAAGCUGAGUUUGGUUCGAUGCUUUAAGAUAUUUUGUGAAAGUGGAUGGAGGAAAAUGUUGAAACUGAUGUGAGAUGAUUGGAGAUUUUACAUGAUUUGAAUUUUUCUUGUUUUUUUUAAACGUCUCUUUUUGUUUGUCGUUAUUUGUGUU